AUGUCAGUGAUAGCGACCAUCGAAAACCCUGCAAUUCCGAAGGAUUCUGUGGUCCUUAUCACAGGUGCCAAUGGCUUCAUUGCAUCACAUGUGGUCCAUCAGUUGAUUCAGUAUGGAUACAAACACGCUUGGCUCAGUGCUUACUUUGACAAGACGUACGGUAAGGGUCACUUUGAGUUGUUGUGUGUACCCGAUAUGACGGCUGGAAAUGCAUUUGAUGAAGCGAUCAAACGCUUAUGGUCUAUAGGAGUUUCAGCUUUCAUUUAUAUGGCCUCUGUGAAGAAUCUCGACCCUGGGCCGAACAAGAGUGCUGUAGUUGCCAUCAAAACUGCAUACAGAGGGCCUUUCGUAAAUCGCUUUGUUCUCACCUCUUCGUCAUCUGUAAUCUUACCAGUGCAUCUGCAGGCCUUCUUAGAGAUGAAGAGCCCAGUUGUGACAGAAGACUCAUGGAGUCCCGAUGCGAAAGAGCUUGCCUGGACCCCUGGUCUAGUAUGGGAGCCUGGACAUAGUGUGACUGUAUAUAUUACCAGGAAGAUUGAGCAAGAGCAGACCGUUCGGAAGGACAACCAAUCCAAGCGUCCUGAUCUCGUCGUAAACGCCGGUAUUUCUUCAGAAAAUGAAUCCGGAAAAGAGUCUUAUCCCAUCGAUCAGGGUCACCCUUGCACGUCUGGCAUUCUUGUGCUUUUGUUCCAAGGAAAAGUACUCGAUUCAAUACAAAAGUUGCCCCAGGUGAAACUCGGUCAUGGGCUGACCUUCAACAUAAAAUAUGCCCUUGAUGUUCAGGAUGACGCCCAUCUGCAUGUCGCCGCAGCUGCUCUGCCUGAUGUUAAGAGCCAGCGCAUCUUUGCAUUUGCCCAUCCACUUUGGUGGGACAAUAUCCUAGAAGUAUUUCGCAAACAGUACCCUGACAAGAAAUUUCCCGACAACUUCUAUAACGAGCCCUACCCAGCUAUCAUCAAGCCCCGAGACCGUGCUGAAGAGCUGUUGAAGAGGCUUGGAAAGCCUGGUUGGACCCCCUUCGAAGAAACGUUGAAAAUGAACGUUGAUGACCUUUACGCAGCUGAUGAUGUUUAA